AUGGCGGAAAAGCAACGUGCACGCGUGCUUAUACUGGGAGGUACCGGCUUUAUUGGGAGGAACCUGGUACACUACUUGGUAAAGAAUGAAUUGGUUGCAAAGGUGCGUGUUGCCGACAAAGUUCCCCCCCAGAUGGCGUGGCUGAACCCCCAUCAUACAGAAUCCUUCAGCAGCCCCAAGGUGGAAUUCCGACACUCCAACCUCAUCAACCCAGCUUCUGUAGACAAUGCGUUUGCCGAUGACGGAGAGGAGUUUGACUUCGUAAUAAACGUAGCUGCAGAGACAAAGUAUGGCCAGACUGAACCAGUCUACAAGGAAGGUGUUGUACGUCUAAGUCACAACUGUGCCGUCACUGCAGCGAGACACAAGGUCAAGGUCUACAUGGAAUUUUCUACUGGUCAGAUGUACUCUUCAGAUAAGCCUGAAGACGAUAUUAAAGCCAACAAAGAGGACUGCAAGUGUGACCCCUGGACUCACAUGGCCCGACACAAGCUGGAGGUCGAGAGGGACCUCGAGAACAUCCCCGACCUCAACUACAUCAUCGUGAGACCCGCCAUCGUCUACGGGCCAGGGGAUAAGAAUGGUUUAACUCCGCGACUGAUUAUUGGUGCAAUAUACAAGUACAUGAAGGAGAAGAUGAAGAUGCUGUGGACCAAAGACCUGAAGAUGAACACGAUCCAUGUGGAGGACCUGUGUGCCGCUGUGUGGACCUUGUGUCAGCAGGGCAAGCCAGGACAGAUAUACAACCUGGUGGACAAGGGCGAUACCACACAAGGGAGAAUCAGUGAGCUGGUAUCGGAAAUCUUUGACAUCAACUUUGACUUUGUCGGCUCCAUAAUGUCAAAUAUGGCCAAGUUGAACAUGACGAAUGUGGUGGAGGACAUCAACGACAAACACAUGGCACCAUGGGCCGACGCCUGUCAGCGAGACAACAUCGUCAACACACCGCUCAACCCCUUCAUUGACCAGGAGCUGCUGUACAACAAGCACCUGUGUCUGGACCCCGCCCGACUGACAGGCAUGGGCUUCACCUGGGAGAGGCCGAGUCUGUGUGUCGACACCCUCCGAGAGGUCCUGGACGACUACAUCAAGAUGGGGCUGUUUCCAACAUCGUUGCUGUCGGGGGAGGUGUUCUACAGUCAGCCAGUCGGGGACUUGGUGGACGGGGAGGCAGGGGAGGCAGGGGAGGAUGGAGAGGGAGGGGAGGCCGAUACCGUGUGAUGCGCACCACUGCGCGUAUGGUACAACCACACGAUGUAGAUGUUUUAGUAUCACGUGGGAUGAUACAUGAUUUAUACACUUGCUUUUGUAUAUGUUGGUACGUUGUGUAUACAUUGAUGGUGUGCGCGUGAAAUGAUGACAGGUUGCCUAGCAACUGAAAUAUAUGUCACAGAACCAUGUAAAAGCGCUGUUUACUGAUGUUAUGCAUUCCAAAACAGCUUUUCCCGAUAUGACUGUGAGUGUCAGUGUUUGUAUUUGGCCAAGUGUGUUCAGUUUGAAAGCUUACAUUCUUCUAUGUAUACUACUCAACAUUUGCUAAGGGCCACAUCUUUGAGUAAAGAUGACUAUUUUGACCUUUGUCAAAUGUUGACUUGUAAGGCUAAAAAAAAUUAUAAUCUUGGUUCUCAGGCAUAGCCCACAUCAACAUAAAGUCUGCUGCAUGUUAAGUUUUUAUUUCCAUUUUAAUUUAUUUUUUUAUAAAAAUCUGAAUACUUAAAAACAAUGCGAUCCAAUAUAGCUUUCAAUUACUACCCUUUACAUGCGCACUGCUUUACUGCGCAACUUGUGUCAUGGUAAUGACGGCAAUAGGAGUUUGUAUACUUGUUAAUGUAGGGAGGCCCUUUCCCAGGUUGAUGGUACGCAACUGAUUAUUUGGUAACAUGCUAGUUUGAACAAGCAAAAAAAAAAACCACUAGCCACCCGCUCUAUUUUUUCAAAAGUCUGUGCCUGAGAACUGAUUCUUUAAUUUUUUAAACCUAAUAGUAAUGAUAUAUAGAUAGUUAUGCUGGCAUAUACAUAAAGGUUAUUGCAAUAACAGUGGUUCAUUUAGUAGUUUAGUAUUACCAGUGUGUGACACUCGUGGACAAUGAAAAUUACAGGUUCACUCCAUGUUGGUACUUGACCCCCUGUGCCGUCUGUGGGAUCAAGUAAAUAUAGUUCCAGGGAAAAUGUAAAACAUGCUUUUAUUUUGUAGAAUUUACAUUUAAAUCGGGCACCUUUCAAUACAUACGUUUCAAAUUGAAAUGCAUUCCUGUGACACAUAGGGAGAAAGUAAUAUCACAUAGGGAGAAAGAUAUCACAUGGUGAGAAAGUAAUAUCACAUAGGGAGAAAGUAAUAUCACAUGGUGAGAAAGUAAUAUCACAUAGGGAGAAAGAUAUCACAUGGUGUGAAAGAAGGAUAUCACUAGAGGAGAAAGAAACAUAUCACAAGGAGAGAAAGAAACAUCACAUAUGGAGAAGGAAACAUAUCUCAUGAGGAGAAGUAAGAUAUUACAUAGGGGGAAGGAAAGAUAUCACAUGGGGAGAAAGAAAGAUAUCACAUGGGGAGAAAGAAAGAUAUCACAUGGGGAGAAGGAAAGAUAUCACAUCUGGAGAAAGAAACCUAUCACACGGGGAGAAAGAAAUAUAUCACAGGGGAAAAAGAAAUAUAUCACAUGGGGAGAAAUAAAGAUAUCACAAGGGAGAAAGAAAGAUAUCACAUGGGGAGAAGAAAGGAUAUCACAUGGGGAGAAAUAUAGAUAUCACAUGGGGAGAAAUAAAGAUAUCACAAGGG